GAGUGCCAAAUAGUAGAAUCACAACAGCCUACCGAAACAGACCAAUUUACUCCGCAACCAAAACAUUUGGUGUUUCAUAGGGAGAUUCCAUAGCAUGGGAAAAUGGGCGAUAGCAUUGCACGGUGGCGCAGGUCUCGAUCCCCACCUACCUUUACAUAGGCAAGAGGAAGCCAAAAACCUUCUUGCUCAUUGUCUUAACCUUGGCAUUUCUGCUCUUCGCUCCAAUCUUUCUGCCCUUGAUGUCGUUGAACUUGUUGUUCGGGAGUUGGAGACUGAUCCUCUAUUUAACUCAGGCCGUGGUGCAGUGCUAACUGAAAAAGGCACGGUGGAGAUGGAGGCAAGUAUCAUGGAUGGGCCAAAACGAAGGUUCGGUGCUGUAUCGGGUUUGAGCACGGUGAAGAACCCGGUUUCAUUGGCUCGACUCGUUAUGGAUAAAUCUCCUCACUCUUAUCUCGCCUUCUCUGGAGCAGAGGAAUUUGCCCAACAACAGGGCGUGGAGAUGAUGGAGAAAGAGUAUUUCAUUACACAAGACAACGUGGGGAUGCUUAAGCAAGCCAAGGAAGCUAAAGCCAUCCUGUUUGACUAUAGGAUACCAACAACGGGGUUAGACAGUUGUGGCGCAGAGGCAGAGAAUGAAAAUCCAAUGAUGAUGAAUGGUGUACCCUUAAGCGUGUAUGCGGCAGAGACAGUAGGAUGUGUGGUGGUGGAUAUUGAAGGGAGGUGUGCGGCAGCAACGUCAACAGGAGGUCUGAUAAAUAAGAUGGUUGGAAGAAUAGGAGAUUCUCCGAUCAUUGGGUCAGGGACAUACGCAUGUAAAUUAUGUGCAAUUUCAUGUACAGGAGAAGGGGAAUCUAUAUUACGAGGAACACUGGCUCGUGAUGUAGCUGCUGUAAUGGAGUACAAAGGAUUAAAGCUUCAGGAGGCAGUUGACUUUGUCAUUAAGGAGAGACUUGAUGAUGGUGGCAAAGCUGGCCUUAUUGCUGUGUCUAAUCUUGGGGAAGUGGCUUUUGGGUUUAAUACAAAUGGUAUGUUUAGAGCUACUGCUACUCAAGAUGGCUUCAUGGAGAUUGCUGUUUGGGAGUAGAGAAUACAGAUUUUCCUAUUAUUAUUAAUUAUGUUAUUCAUUUAUACAUUCA